AUGGGCAUUUUUGACCCCGAGCACAAGACCAACGCGCACAUCUUCGAGUUGCUGUUGAUCAUGGGGGCCGUAGGGUUGACCGUGGGACGUAUGAUACGCGCGGAUAUGCCCAUGACUAGAGCCGACACCAUUGCUCUCGGCAUGGGAGGCAAGUCCACGCUCAUUAUAGGCUACCAACUUCUGACGGAGCACAACCGCAGGAUGAAGCGCUUCUACAGUCGCAAGGCCUGCCUCAUCCUGAACACGCUCGAGGUCGCCUUUUGGGGGGCCGUCGUCUACUUCUCCCACAUGUCCACCUCGGCCAUGUGCCCCCUGGACAAGGACCUCGGGGCGACCUGCAUCAUGGGAUGGGCCAUCAUCGGUCUGGCCGUCUUCAUCUGCGUCAUGUCCGCCUACGCCGCCAUCCUGUCCGGCAUUGAGCUCCGCCGCCCCCGAGAAGAGCCUGACGACAACCGCAAGUUUGCCCACUUGACAGACGCGUUCGACGACAAUUACCCGCUCCGUCCCGUCCCUUCCAUCCCCCAGCAAGCCGGCCGGGAAACCGAACAAUACUACACUCAGUAUUCGCCAAGAAAUUAA